AUGUCCGCUUCGCUUCCAUUGCUUCGACAAUCGAGCCGAUUGACCUCCCCUCGUGGGGUUUUUCGCUUCCUCGAUCUUCCUGGAGAAAUCCGCAACAAAAUUUACGAGAUGGCAACUUGUGACAUCGAAGAGCCCGAGCCACUUGAUAGCAUGGACACAAUAUCUCUCCCUGUGUUUAAGCAGAAUUUUAACCUUAAUCUAUUGCUAACUUGUCGUCAAAUCCACGACGAAGCAAAAUACGUCAUGAUGACCAAGAAUCUUUACGUCGAAGUCCAACUAUCGGGGGUAGGAAGAAGAUUGAAUAACGACUUCACGUCUAUGCUUUGUUUAUACAGAAUCCCAGUUAUCCGUAUCAAGACAGACAUAGAUCCCGAAGACCGUUCUUUCGAUGGCUGUGUCAUAAGAUAUCGCGUAUCUUGUGAUGAACCAAGAAGUGUAUGGGAACGAGAAUCGAUUGACUCUUUGGUCAUACUGCAUCGUCACAUGAAUCAAUUUCUCGAAGCUAUCAACCAGACUCAAUGGUUUGUCUCAACAUGCACACAGAUACGUUCGUAUCAUGAUAUCACACUUCAAAACCCUUUUGUCUCCAGAUCCGCACAUGCUGGUGACAGUCGCAGUCAAUUAUCCAUUCAGGCCUUACAGAACAAUGAAGAAGCGCUUCUAUCUCCAUUCUCCACUAUCAAAGAAGGCCCAAUGUAUAUAUCCAGGGACUGGUCGGGUUCUCACGUACAACACAACAAUACGAGACCUCCCAUAGUGACCUCUAUCUCGAUGGAAAGCGUGUUGAAAGACUUGGAUGAAUUGAUAAGGAAGGGACGAGACCAUCACCUUCAAGGUAUAUACGUGUAUGCCGAAGGAUUCUACAAGCUUGUCGAUUACAAAAUCACAAUUCUGAUGAACUCCCUACGCAACAUCAUAGUCACGAGACUUUAUGAAAGGGAAGGACUAGAACCUGAGGAUCAAGUAAUCGAAGGAGAAAUGUUUGAGAAUCAACUAGCCGAGAUAUACUCCACAGUCUGCUACCAUCGUGCACAGAAUGCUCUUGCGGAAAUGCGUCAUCUUAUGGAUAAUGGUUUGGGUCAACACUCACUCGAAGCGUGUGAUAUUGUUCACCAGAUGGCAUCACAAGCUCGAGCCCCGUUAGCAUUUCCUCAGUUCAUUCCAAAUCUAGAGCGAACUGCAGAUCACAUAUUCAUGGAAGCCGUUUCAUUCAGGCUUUGGGCAGAAGUACUCAGCGGAGACAGAUACGGCAUUAACCAGGCUUUGGUGAAGGUAGAAUUGGGUCUCGAAAUGGCUCCCAAUCACCCUGGAUUGAGAGCUGAGAAAUAUCGUAUCGUCCGCCAAAGAUUAGAACCACUCCUUAAUCUUUCUGUGGCUUGGAACGUGGCUCAUCCAUAG